AUGACACGGGACGAGCAGCCUCGCAGCACUGUGGAGCAGCUGAUCAGGCGCUUCCUCCCACGUGGCAGCCAUCGCUUCCUCAUCAGCCAAUCAGAAGAGGUGCAGCUCGCGCACCUCAUCCUGCGAGGUGUGUUCGGAGCGCUGAGCGGCGCAGUCAUGUUCCUGGCCGUGGCGCCGGGGAUCCCGCUGAACUUUGACCUCAAGCUGGCCACAGGAUGCGCGUUUACCGGGGCGUGUGCGGUGGGCGGGGCCGUGUCGUCGGCCUUCAGGUGCGCCGUCCUGUUGAUGUUUCCCAGCAUGCUCGGCUCCCGCGGACGCGCCUUCCUCGUGCUGCUCGUCCUCUCGGCGCUCUACGCAGGUCAAAGUCCCGUGUCCAACAUCCGGCGGAACGUGGAGACGGCCGCCGCGUCGCUGUCUUGCAAUCUGGACCUUCAAGUCCGCAACGCCAAGUUGCUGUGGAGAGACGCGGUCACGCCCUUCCUCAAGGUGGCGCAGGAAGUCGUGGAGGGGGAAGCGGAAUUCGAGGAGGACGCGCGCGGCGCCAACGAGGCCUUCGCCGCCAUCCGAGACGAAGUGCUCGGUCGCCACGGAUACGGGCGGCUGCGAGACAACCGCGAGGGGCUCGACACCAACGAGACACGCACGCAGGAACGCUUCGCCUACGUGACGGAGAUGCAGUGCGACCGAGCGGUCGACCAGAGCGUCGGGCGGUGCGCCGAGUGGUUCGCCGACAAGUGGAAGGCGUGUCUGGAGGCGAUCCCGGUGCCCGUCAUCAACCACAUCCUGUGCGUGCCCAUGAAGUUCCACUUCCUGUGCGACAUCGUGCGAGUGAUGACGGGCUGGUGCAAGCGGCACAUUCCCGUGGAGAAAAACUUUGGUCAGCUGUUCGACCGUCUCAACGGUUCGGUCGACCUCCUCAGCAGAGAGUUCGCCGGCGAGCUCGUCGUCAAGGAGCGUCAGCGGCAGGCGGCGCUGGACGGCGAGCUCGCGGACGGCGACUUCACGCGCGGCAUCCAAACUUCUUUUCGCCAGCUGGAAGCUCGCACGCGGCAGCUGCUCGACAUCCUGCAGCUCCUCGUAUCCUUCGCCUUCAUGUCCUUGUUCAGCCAGUCUCUCGGUUACGUGCGACGAUUCCGAGGAGACAUUUACUUCGAUAACGUCUACAUCACAAAAUACUUCGGCAUCAUCGACCGGCGCAGGAGGUCACAGGGGAAACGUUCUUUGUUGCCCCUCACUCCGUCUGAGAGAGGAAAGUUUGUGGACCCCUGGAGCCCCAGAAUUCACCCUGAAGAAGUCAAACAAGUGGUUUCAAGUGUGUUUCAGGUGUUGUCAGCGCUCCUCCUGGCGGCCGUCCUGCUGACGGUGGACGUGUCGGUGUUUCGUGUUCUUGACGUGGUCAGCAAACACACACGCACCGUCUUCAACUUCACCAGCAGCCAGCAGGUCGCCAUCGAAGUGGAGGGAGACUCGAUGAUGGCCCGCCUCCUGCGGAGGACGCUUUCCGCCUUCAACGCGUCCUCGAGCGUCCGCAUCGUCUCCGACAACCGGCGGUGCGUGGCCACGCCCUCCGCGCUGGCCGGCUCGGCGUACGUCAGCGUGACCUGGUGCCUCCUGCUGGCGGCGCUCUUCAGCUGCCUUCAGGUUUACGCCAACCGCCUUCGCAGAGUCACCGCCGCCUUCUUCCAUCCGCGGAGGGAGAAAACCAGAAUCUUGUUCUUGUACAAUCUCAGCCUGCACAGAAGAAUGUUGCGCAGGCCCACGCGCACGGGACACGCACACACAAACGUGUUGGCGUGUUUGUCCGGACUGUGUCGGAGGCGACGGGCGGCGGCGGGGGAGGCCGAGCUUCAAAGUGUUUAGGGAGCGCUGACGGGAAUGUUCCGCCGUAUUAAACUGAUUUCAAAUGUCAAAGGUCAAAUGUCAUGCCCGCACACUGGCACUCCACGCUCGCCCGUGACGUCACGGAGCCCUUUUUGCUCUCGGCACACGUGGGGCACGCGGGUCGAAAGUGGUCAAAGUCCAACAAGCGAAAGUUAGUUUGUUGUGCUCUGACACCACUGAAAGAAAGAAAAUAGAAGGAAAAGGCCAAUCACGCGGCGGGGACGACCGAUCUCCGUCGGCUGAUGGAAAGCGCACGCGCGCCGCCGCGUCCUCACGGGAACCGCUUACGCCCUCCUUUUCUCUCGCGCUGCGGCCCGGGAGAGGUCGGGCCAUCCCGUCUGACUUUGGCCGCCGGGCGCGCUACACCCAGGACCGGUCGCCAUCCCGUGUCAAGAGACGAGCUCGCACUCGCGCUGCGACCAAUUAGAGGCGUGGCCGUUUACGAAAUUACGAGACGAGAGCGAGCAGACGGGUACGCGAGCUCCCUCCAGUGCUACGCUAAAGACGGGCUACCUAAGCACACGUUGGUUGUAUUUCACUUUCAAGUUUGUUUUUCAACAUUUAUUUGAUGUGCCUGACAAUUGAAUCAUUUAGGUCGCAUUUUUAUAUUUACGAUAUUGAAAAGCAGCGUGCCGGCACCGGUCAGCACAUCCGCCUCGCUGUUCUGGGGACCGGGGUUCGAAUCCCGGCCUCUGCACGUUCUCCCCGCGCCUGCGUGGCUUUUCUCCGGGCGCUCCGCUUUCCUCCCACGUCCCCAAAAUUGCCCGUCGGUGUGAAUGUGAGUGCGGAUGGUUGUUUGUUUCCAUGUGCCCUGCGAUUGGCCGGCGACCGGUUCAGGGUGUGCCCCGCCUCCCGCCCGAAGAUAGCUGGGUUAGGCUGCGGCAGCCCGCGGUACAGAAAAUGGCCGGAUGGAUGAAACGCAGUGUAAAUGAUCAGAGUGCAUCACUGUUGGUCAUUAUGGUCGAACUUGGUGAAAAACGUCGAGAACCUCCGAUUUAGCGUGUUAAAUGGGGCUAACGUGCGAGCACGGGACAACGUCCUAACCACACGCGGGAAGAUUUGAACCCUGAACCUCAACCCUGUGGGGCAGAUAAGCUAACCACUCGUCCCCAGUGUCAAGCGGAAUGAAAGUUUCGUUGUUUUUUUUGGUUUCCAUU